CUCGGGUUAGUAACCGCGGACACUGAGCAAGCUGACAGCCGCCGGUAGGGUACGCUGCGUGUGUAUGGAACUAAAAAAAUAUCCUCACCACUGAAGAACUAAACUAUCUGAGGGGUCUUAAAAAGUGCUCUGGAUAUGAUCAAACCACCUAUCUUCUCAGCAUCUCAGAACUAAGGUGGACCCAGCAUGCAAGCUUGCGAAAAGAAAGAGAACACCGUUGACCAAACAGAACAUAAAUCUUCUCGAACAACUCCUAGGCAACAUAAGACUAGUGGAAAGGAGAAAGGAAAAUGUGAGGGAAAUAAUAACAAAAAGAAAGAUACAAAUGCAGACAUUCUUAAAGAUGCUUUGGAAAUUCCUACAUGUGACACUGGCGUUUCUCCAACAAAAGAUAGCAUGGACAAAAGGCAAGAUGAACCUCUAGGUGAAGAAGAAACAGUUUAUGGUGACGUACCUCUUUCAGAUGAUCAAAAAUCUACCAAAAGUGUUAUUUCAGUCAGCAAAAUAAGGAACUAUAUCAACAAGAUAAAGGAUUUUGAUUCUUCGACAAAAUCUCUGGAAAAAAGAGGGCAGGAAGAGACUAAGCAGCAUUCUGCACAAUGCAGACUACGUCUUUUCAGCAAGAGAAAUCAAAAGACAAGUACAGAUGCGCAGGAGGAAUCUUCUGAUACUGACUGCGAGAAUGGCAGUGGCCACAGAUCUUUGAAGCACCCCAUGCCAGACUUCGAAGAGGAUAAAGGACUAUUAUCAUCUGAGCUUUCUAUGGAAAUUAGCUCUCCUGAAUUUAAGACUCAUCAUGCAGUGUCGCCAUCAAAUGAUGACACAGAGGAAGACAUACAACUGCCGAUAGUUGUGCUGAAGAAAGAACCAUCUCCAGUUAAACCAGGGUCCUUUGUCUGGUGUAAAUUUCAGCAUUAUCCCUACUGGCCAUCAUUGGUCACAUUAGUGGACUCAAGGAACAAGAGGGCAACGAUAAUAUUUUUAGAGGAGUCCAUUUCUGAUCCUUCAAAGAAAAAGAGGAGUUUUAAAGUUGCGCUUCGUUCCAUAAAACUUUAUGACUGUCCAGAAAAGCAGCAGUUUUUGGAAAAUGCUCGCAAAGACUAUGGCAGGUCCAUUGACUGGUGUGAGUCCCUGAUCUCGGACUACAGAAUCCGCUUGGGCUGUGGCUCCUUUUCUGGUUCUUUUAUGGAUUACUGCACUGCAGCUAUCAGUUUGCCUGUACGGAGAGAACUAGAAAGUGGCAAACAAAAAGUACUCUUCCCUGUAAUAGACUCUGAAGAAACUGACUCUCAAGAAGAGAUGAUCGGCGUGACAUCACAGAGAGACAAGAAGCUGCUUCCAGACCGAGCACGGGCAGCCAGGGACUGUGCCAAUAAAAAACUGGUGCAGUUCAUUGUGAAGGCCAAAGGGGCAGAAAAUCACCUUGUAGACAUCCUGUCGGGAAAGAAAAAGUCACAAUGGCUAGAAAAGUUUCAAUCCUCAAACCAGCGCAUGAACUUCCUAGAAACCUAUAUUGAAGAUGAAGAGCAGAUGGAGCAUGUGGUGGGCUACCUGAAGACAGUCUGCAAGAAAAUGAGCAGUGCAACAAAACAGUUAAUGCUUGGAGAUGAGAUAAAGUUUAUCUUUGAGGUUUUGAUCCCUGAGGCUGUCAUCUUUGCAAUUGCUGCCACUGAAAAAAUGAGCUAUGAAAAAGCUAAAGUUAAAUACAUAAAGGGGCCCCCUGUCACUAGAAGAGAAAGAAAAAUCUUUGACGAACAGAUUUUAGAAAAGAAGAGGCUGAAGAUGUCAGAAGAGGCUAAAGUCAGAAAGAAUUCAAGAAAGUAGCUAUGUUCAAUAUGGCUGUCCAGGGAGAUUUAGAGGGGGAUUUAUCAUGCCCUACACUCCAGAAUUUAGCACCUUUUUUGAGAUAAUUUGUGCAAAAUUUUGCAAGUCACAAACUCUCACUCCAGUAAAAAACUGGAGUAGCAUUUCUAGACAAAAGUUUGAUGUUUAAUGAUGAACCAGAUUUAACAGAUUGGUGCCAAGUGUGAGAAUACAGGCUAAAGCAACACUGACUUCAGCUGUACCAUCGUGAUAAAUUCCUCCCUUCAUCUUUUGCCACUGGUCCAAGCCUAUAUCUAUCGUCUUCCGUUCCUCAGGUUUUUUCCAUUGCCAGUAUUGCUUUAGUUCCUUCUCGGGUGAUAACUUGAUCUCAUGUUGUCACCUCUGAAGGCUGUUUUGUGCUAUAUCCAGCAAUCAAACAUGCCUAUUUGGUUUGGCAUAUCUCUGUAUGUGCAGGUAUUUUUUUUUCCUGUUUUUAUUAAAGGGGUUUUCCGAGAGUUUUAUACUGAUUACAUAUCCUCUGGAUAGGUCAUCAGUAUCUGAUCGUUUGGGGUCCGAUACCUGGGACCCCCGCGAUCAGCUAUUUGAGAAGGCACCGGAGCUCGCAGUAGCACAUCGGCCUUCUCUCAGCAAACCAAGCACAGCGUCUUACAUUGUAUAGCAGCUGUGCUUGGUAUCACAGCUCAGCCCCUUCACUUCAUUGUAGCUGAGCUGCCCCCAAGGACAUGUGACCGGUAGAAACAAACAAUGAGUAUACACCCUCAGGCCAUGUGACCAAUGAGUGUGACAUCACAUGGCCUAGAGAAAACGGAGAGAAGGCCAAACCGCUACUGCGAGUGCCGCUGCCUUCAAAAACAGCUGAUUGGUGGGGGUCCCGGGUGUCGGACGCCCACUGAUCAGAUACUGAUGGCCUAUCCUAUUAGUGUAAAACUCCAGGAAAACCCCUUUAAAGACAAACCGGGAGAUGUAGUACAUAUUGCAGAUAAUUUUCUGUAUCUUGCCAUAUGGAAAUGA